AUGUCGGUCCCAUGCUUAGUUGAGAACGAUGCGUUAGCAGAUUGGGCGGCCUGGGACGAGAGUCUCGGUUGGGUCAUGGAGGACCCUGAUCCAGUAAUGGAUCAACCUCCCACCGAGACUCCUGCCUCGCCAAAGCCCACGAUCACGGAGCUCAAGGCCACUAUCGACGCCAGAGUUCGGCUGGCGGCUGAGCCCAUCUCCCGUGCUCGGAGGUUGACUGGACGUUGGAGAGGACGACUGUGUCGUGUUGUGGGCAUCGGCUGUUAUGGCCUGGAAAUCCUAUGUUGGGCUAAACUCCAAAGACACCUCCGAAGCAAGCCGCAUUUGCGCCAUGAAGAGGCACUCGCUGCCGCGCGGGUUGAGACGGCGCAACAGGUAGCGGUGGUGGAGGAUGGAGGACUCCCUGCAGAAAGAGCCAUGAAUUCCGCGCAUUCUGCAGUUGGGGAUGGGGAUGAGGAGGCUCUUCCUAAGCAAAAUGUCCACGGUUACGCUCAGAUGCGGUGA